GACAGACACUGACUGUGACUGCGGUGUCUUAAUAUUCCGGUUUGACUAUGCGCUUCCACAAAUAUUUGCUUUUUUGCAGUAUUUUUGCAAUUGCAGCAUGUAAUUCGACGAAGCACACGAUUAAAAAGCGCGCAUUGCUUUUUCCUCGAGGCACAGUUUUACAAUUUACGUACGGCUUGAGCGUCCCACUGGUGUUGCCGAGACGCUCGAUAAACUUGAGUUUUUGCGCUCAGGUCAAUUAUAAUUUGCCCGCGACGUUGGCAAGCCUAAAAACCAAAGUAAUUUCGGCGAGGAAUACGGGUUGGGACAUGAGCAGGGAAACAUUUUACAAAUACAUUGUUACCUUUCUGGACAGCGUCGGCGUCAACGGGGAGGAAUGUUUGUUAAGAACGGUCUGCGAAAUUGCCGAAUUUCCGAUGCACAUCCACGACGAGGGAUUGCUGGAGAAGAUUGUUCAUUUUAUGUUCACUCCAUCUCUGGAGAUCAAGCAACAAUACGGAAACAUUACAAAAGCAGAAAAUUUAAAUUUUGAGCAAAAACUUUUACUAGCAGAAAGACUCGGUGGAAAAGAUGGAAAUUGUGAACAGCAGUUUUCGGAUUGUCUGUUUUCGUUUGUAGAUUUAUUUACCAUGAAAUACAUCAUUUAAGA